AAGCUCUUUCAAUUCAGGGUUUAAUAGAGUGUUGCAAGAAAAACUUUGACGCUGAUCUGUAAAAAAUAUCAAUGAAUGCAAUCGAUUUUGGUUAUCUCUCAGACUCCUGUCAGAUCUUGUUGAUCAUUACACAGUCAAGGCAUUAGUAUAUAUGUGAUGGAGCUUUAAACAGGAUUCUCAGAAGAGAUGACUAAAGAUGGAAAAGGGUCUGCGACUAUCCGCAGACGUAAAAUAAAACACAGUCAGGAUGAUUUAAACAAAGCCCGCACAAGUUGCCCAAGCUCACCAAUCACAUCUGACGAUGAACAACAGCAUGAGGUGGACGAAGAAGAAGAGGGCUAUUUGUUUGAGGAUGAGAUUCUUGGUCCAUCUGUAGUGAAGAAGAUUAUGUCAUCAGAAAAGACAAUACUUUUGGGAUUGCUGGCCUUCAGAAUAUCCAAUGCUCUGCUCAUCCAAACGUCUUUUGUUCCUGAUGAAUAUUGGCAGUCACUUGAAGUUGCACAUAAUAUGUCAUUUGGGUAUGGUUAUUUAACGUGGGAAUGGAAACAUGGAUUAAGGGGAUACCUAUAUCCCUUUGUAUUUUCUUCUCUUUAUAAAUUCCUGUACAUAUUUGGACUAGAUUCCAGAAUAUUGUUGAUUAAACUUCCCAGAAUUCUUCAAGGAGUGUUUGCCGCUUUUGGUGACCUUUACCUUUUUAAGUUGUCAUGGAAACUAACAGAUCGAGCUACAGCACAGUGGUCACUAUUCUGUCAGGUGACUUCUUGGUUCAUGUUCUACUGUAUUACCAGAACUCUAACAAACUCCAUGGAAACAGUCCUAGUUACUGUAGCACUGUAUUAUUAUCCCUGGCCAAAGUGUAAAAGUACAUCAUUGACAAAGUUUUUAGUAUUUGCAUCCUUAUCAGUUCUAGUCCGACCAACAGCAGCCAUCAUUUGGUUAUUAAUGUGUUCUUGGCAUCUACAACAAUCAUCUCACAACAUAUUCAAAAUUCUUAAACACUAUUUUUUCAUUGGUUCUGUCAUGUUGGUAUUUAGCUGUAUCAUUGACCGUUGGUAUUAUGGAGACUGGAUUUUAGUGCAAUACAACUUCAUAGAAUUCAAUGUCCUUAAAGGAGGAGGUUCAUUUUACGGGACACACCCCUGGCAUUGGUACAUCACACAAGGUUAUCCUGUCAUUAUGACCAGUCAUCUAUUUCCUUUUGUAAUGGGGGCAUGGAAGGCCAGAAAUAAAGUUCUCUUAUUUCUCAUUGUUUGGACGAUAUUUUUCUACAGCUUCUUAUCACACAAGGAGUUCAGAUUCCUACUACCUGCAUUACCAAUGUCCAUGCAUUAUUGUGGAGUAUACUUCAACAGUUUAUGCAGAAAACCAAGAAUUAAAAAGAAAAAGCUAAAGAAACGGUCUGAAAGUAAACAAACAAAAACUACAAGUAGCUCAGACAGUCUAGUCAGCAGUGAUAAUUCCACUACACCCAUCAUACACCAGUCAACAGGAACUGUUCAUGUCAUUGAUGGUGCAAUUGAUGAAUCACAGGAAGUAGAUGGUGCUGCUGAAGUCACUGACACCACACAAUCUUCUAGUCCAUCCUCCAAAUCACCAAGUGAAGAUCCGUUUGAAAAACAACAAAGAAAACACAAACAUAAUUUGACAGUAGCUAAAUAUUUAGUGUUCAUAUUAAUUGGACUAAAUUUGAUACCUGCCAUGUAUUUUGGAGUGUUGCACCAAAGGGGGACGACUGUUGUUAUGAAGUACUUGUAUGAUGAAAGCCUAGAGAAGGAUAUGGAUGUUUUAUUUUUAAUGCCAUGCCAUUCCACACCUUAUUACAGUUACCUACAUCAGAACAUUACCAUGAGAUUUCUCACAUGUGAACCCAACCUGAAACAGGAAGAAGACUACAUAGACGAAGCGGACAUAUUUUACGAAGAUCCAGAAGAUUGGCUAAAAAUAGAAUAUAAGCAGCAGAAGAGACAAUUACCAAGCCAUCUUGUUUAUUUUAAUACUCUACAGUUUGAUAUUUCUUUAUUUUUAUCUCAGAGUGGGUACAGACAGUGUGGCAAGUUUUUCCACACACAUUUACCCGAGGGUAGAACAGGCAGCCAUGUUAUCGUUAGUUGUAGAUGAUAACUGUUUUCACGUGUUAUAUUUUUAUCAAUUUUUAUCAAUCGGGACCAUUUUUUAAUUGCAUAUCACUGAAUAGCUUAUUGGUUUUGUAUAGCACACAAAUUCUUUAAAAUUAUUGAGACCCCCUCCAAAAGAAAGAUAUAGAUGUUGAAUAUGACACUUUUUCAGUAGAAAUUACUUAUCAGAUUAAGGAAAAAAACUGUGAAAAAUGUUAUAAGUGUAGACAACUGCAAUUAAAGUUAUCACUUUCAAAUUUUAUUAGUAAAAGACUAUAAAAUAGUUAAGAAACUUUUCAUUUUCAAUUUUUUCUAAGACAUGUUCUUGUAUUAAAUAUCUUUAAGGAUUAUGGUAUUUGUCCCAAAAAGCGUGUAGAACAUUUUAAAUGAACAUAUUUUGUUUUUACAUAACAUGUUAUUUUUGUAAUUAUGGCGUGGAGACUUACAAUAUUCUAUGCAGAAAAAAAUCAUCUUGCUGCUGAUGUUUCUAUUUUUGAUAAAAUAUUUUUUGAUCAUUAUCAUGAUAUAAGCUGUGUUAGAUAGAAAUGGACAUUAUGCAAUUGAAUAUCAACAUACAAUGUGCCUGUUAAUUCAUUUCGGGUUGGAAAAUAUCUCCACAGAAAAGCUGUAACUGUUCGAAAAAUUGCAUUUUUAUAAAAAAAAAAACUACAACAAAGACCAAAAUUCUUCUUCAUUUAUUGUAUUUGAAUGUUCCAAAAUUAAUCAAAGUAGUUAACAAGAACAUGUAUAUGUGCACUUGCAUAAGGUUGGUUUCUAUCUGACCAAGCUCAUAUAAAAAUAACAAUAUCCGUCCUAGAAAUAAUUAUGUGAUACCUCUGUUUGAAAUACAGUUUAGAAGUGGUAGUUGAUGUUUGAUGCAUUUUGGGUGAAUUUUGAUGUAUGUGAGAAUUUAGAGAUAGCAACUCAAGUAUAUAUAUUAUUUUCCAUUCAGAGUUAAGUCCCUUGCAAUAUUUUUUUAAAAUGUCAAAAUGUUGUUUUUUACACUGUUGUGUCCAUUGAUCAUGUAAGAUUUGAAAAUGAGAUUUAAGAAGAACUUUUGAAUUGGUAAUCCUUUAGGUGUAAUACAUGUACCACCAAAUCAUAGUAUGUCACAUCAGGUUGCAUAUGAAAAAGGGUUGAAAAAAAUAUUCCCUUGAAUUGAUUGGUAAAUUCCAGUGAG